AUGGCCGCUUCCGGAGACAAACAAAGCUCCUGGGGCAAGCACAGUCAAGAGGCAGAGGCCAGCAGAUCACCCCUCCCAGGUUCCCCCGCCCCUCCAACAGAGCACUUUCUCCUUCCUUGCAUUGAGGGCGCCAUCGUCAGUGUGAAAGAGCCAGAGGAGAACGGCGGCCUCUGGGUUGCCACGCAAGAGAAGCCCAGGACCCCUUCGUAUUAUGUCGUCGGGAGGACCGCUCUGAAGUGGUCCUCCGGACCUACCGAAGCUACCUACAGCUCAGCCGAUGAGCAGAUGUUCGUCAACGUCACCGUCGGUGGCGUCAGUACCGGGUUCAUCAAAGGAAACCCGUACAGGUCAUUCCCAAUUCAGGUGGGCUUUUCUACUGCCGAGGGGAUGGUUGAGAUAUUUGCCAGCGGAAAUCAGAUCUGGGUCUCAGGCGCUGGAAUGGCAGGCCUGGGCACUGCCAUUGAGCCGCACGAGACCCGCGACACAUCUUUUCGAACGGUAAUUCCAGGGUCCGUGUUAACUGCGGACCCGGAUCUCAAAGACCUAGUGCUGACUCCUGGGUCGGAACAAUGGCUUGGUCCUGACCACCAUAUCAUCGGGUACAAUAUUCAGAAGGAGAAGACGUAUAACUUGUUAAUACUUGUGAUUCCGCAGGAUGAGGAUGGCGGGAUAUAUAAAUCUCCCUCUACUGCGGACGAAGUACGGAAAGUAGAGGCUGGAUGGAACCCGAUGAUCCAGAGGUUGCUGAAACUGUUGCCUGAAAAUAUCGAACGGUGGAGGCUGAUUGACCUCCCCCCAGUGCCCAACCGGGUUUACCCGUCGCACCGUAUGGUCGUUAUCGGAGAUGCGGCUCACGCGACUCUGCCUUAUCCGGCUCAGGGCGCGGCCAUGGCAAUCGAAGAUGCCUCCGGACUUGGGUUCGUCCUCUCCAAGGUCCGUGAUGUCUCCGAACUCCCCAAGGCCCCAGACCUCUUCUACGAGAUUCGCCACAAACGAGCCCAUACCAUCCAGCGGGGUUCGUGGACAAAUCGGUUUUUCAUUCACCUUCGAAACCGGCCACAGUAUGAUAUGAGGGACGAGAUGUUCCAGGCUGGAGAUUAUUCCGAAAGCCUGAAUUUGAUGGCAAAUACCUUGUUUCAAGAAUAUCUGUACUCAUAUGAUGUCGUCAAGCGUUUCGAAACCCAGUUGGGGCAGAAGCAACCACUCUCUGCAAAACUUUGA